GCCAGUAUGACCGUGUUGUGUAACUAUAUUCCCUACGAUUUUGAUCGGAAUAUUAAAGGAGGCUAAACAUUUCACAAAAUGCACCUGAAACCACGGAUAAAAGUAUGCCAAGCGAUUCUGGGACAUUGUCGAUCCUUUGGAACGAGUCCUCCCGCUAAUCAGUCGUUCAGGAAGUGGUACCAGCACCUGUGGACCACGGAGCGCACAAACUUGCCGCCAUACAACCAUUUCACCCAGAUUGGUGACCCUGUUCUUAGGCAACAAGCGGCUUUGGUGCCCAAGGAGCACAUGGCUAGCCCCGAGAUUAAGGCCAUCGUCGAGCGGAUGGUCAAGGUGCUAAGGAAGUUCGACUGCGUCGGCAUUGCGGCUCCUCAGAUUGGAGUAUCGCUCAGGAUCAUAGCAAUGGAGUUCAAGGGACGGAUCCGAAAGGAGCUGCCCGAGGCCGUUUACCAAGCCCGACAAAUGUCCGAGUUGCCACUGACUGUGAGACUGGGAUUUUCAUCAAUCCCGUCCUGACGGUGACCAACUACGCGAAGCUGAAGCAUCCAGAAGGAUGCAUGAGUGUGCGAGGUUACUCUGCCGAAGUGGAGCGUUUCGAAGGUGUAAAGCUAACAGGCCUUGACCAACUAGGAAACCAAAGCGAACUGGCUCUGAGUGGUUGGAAUGCCCGGAUAGCGCAGCACGAAAUGGAUCACCUGGAGGGAAAACUAUACACCGAUCACAUGGACCGCUCAACCUUUGCGUGCACCUGCUGGGAGGCGGUUAACACGAAAUCCGGACGCGUGGAGAUACCCUUCUACAAGUAGUUAAGUCGCUCGUGGAUCGUUUCACUAUUUAUGUAUGUAUAUAUACUGAUUGAAUGGAAUUCUAUCUGGCAAAUGUU